AUGGUCCGAGUACGCUUGCAAGUCCGUGUGUACCCGCCGGGCCAACUGCCCCCAAGGCCAGAGUUUUUGCGCUCAAGCACGGCCAAUGAUGCGCCAGAGCCCGAGGACCCUAUCGCAUUAUUUUUGAAGGUGGACAAACCAGAACAAUGGUCGAUGGACAAGGUUGCUUCCAGUGUGAAGCAGAUAUGGAAAAAGAAAUACCCAAAGUUGAAGCCUCUUGAGAUCGAGAAGCUGUUCAACGAUGCAAUGCCUCUGAUUGACCUCGAUGCCGAAUUGACAGUCGAGGAUGUGUUUGUGGAUUGCGGAAAAGCUCGCGCCGACGGGCACGACCAAGGUGGUAUCCUCAACGUCAUCCGAAGCCGCGAUAACCGUGCUACCAAUAGGCAGCAAUCACCCGAUCAAGGGCAUGAAGCAGGCAAUCAAAGUCCUACCCGAAAGCGCAAGCAACAAACCCCCGAGAGCAAUGCGCCAUCGAAGCAACCUCGGCUGGAAGGCCAGCCCGGUGGAUCAGCUUUUCAGUCCCCGAAUUCAUCACGACAAUUUGGAUUCCAGCAAUCCUGGACCAACCAUCAUCGCAGACCAUCCAAUGUCUCUCCCCCAAACAAGAAGGGGCUGGGACUAGGCCUUACGAGUAGCCCUCCAAGCCAACCCUCCUUCAACCGCGAACGUCACGUUUCCUUUAGCAACACAAAUACCCCAAUUGCCUACAAACAACCUAAAGCUUCCAUUAUGUCCAGCAGCCAAGUUUCCGUUCCGUCCAGUAGCCAAGUUUCGAGAUCAGAAACCGUCUACCCGCCUGGAUUUGACCCGGAGAUUAUUCGUCGGGUACAGGAGAAUAUCGAGAAAGAAGGCAAUGAGAUCCGCAUGGUUGGGUUACGUUUGAACGACCGCAAUACGGAUCCUUCGCUGCGGCCGAUUCUCCAGCAGAUGUCGCAGAUUUACGGCCUCAUGAAGCCUCGAGAUGACAAGGGCAAAAGAAGAAAGAGCGGGGGUACGAACAUGUCGGAUCAAAGGAAGAAACUUGACGCUCUCCGAAACAAAUUGCAAAAACUCGAAGACAAGCUUGCUGCCAAGUCUGCACCUACACCCAAAGCAAACGGUUAUAAGAAGCCCAGCAUUAAGGAGUCGAAGGAGGUUAAUGAAAUUGCAUCCUCGGACGACGAGGAGAUUGGCGAGGACAACGGAAGCUUACAUGUCGAGAAUCCUGCGCACCACACCGAUGAACAGGCUAUUGACAGUGAUGAAGAUAUGCCGGAUGCAGAACCAGCCCCAGCAGAUUACGACGAGCCAGCAUCGCCACCAAAUACUCAAGUUCGAGACUUGGUGCAGGCAUUGGUGAGCAAUGAGGCCAAGCCUAAUGGUGAUGCCAAUCACAAAGAACCAGCCUCGCCUGCAAAUGAUCCAGUCCAAACAUUAAUGGAUAACAAGGCUGGGUCCGUUAGUGACACCAAUGACGAUGAGCAGGAAGAAGCAGGGGAAGAGGAGGAACCAGUCAAAGAACUCUUAAAUAUCGAGGUGGGAGUUGAAGAUGAUGAUGACGAGGAAGAAGAGGAAGAAGAGGAAGAAGAGGAAGAAGAGGAAGAAGAGGAAGAAGAGGAAGAAGAGGAAGAAGAGGAGGAAGAGGAGGAGGAAGAAGAAGACGAAGAGGAGGUCGAGGACGAAGAGGCGGAGGCCGAGGAGGAAGCAGGGGAAGAGGUCGAAGCAGGGGAAGAGGAGGUAGCAGUUAAACAACCCUUGACUGUCGAGGUGGGGGUUGAAGAUGGUGAUAACGACGAGGAAGAGGCGGAAGAGGAGGAAGAGGCAGAAGAGGAGGAAGAGGAAGCAGGGGAAGAGGAGGAGGAAAUAGAAGAGCAGGAAUCAGACAACCCGGUCAAAGAAUUCCUCAAUAUCGAGGCGGGAGUUGACAGUGAUGAUGAUUACGAGGAGGAAGGAUCAGCCGAAGAGGUCGGUGACUCCCAAGUCGACGAUGAUGAGGACAAGUCAGAAGAAGACAACUCCCUCCAAAAUAAGAACGACACUGGAGAAAUUGAGGACACCACCGAGGCUGGAAUCGUCGAGGUCCCUACAACGGCCGCAUCAAACAAGCUGCCCGAGAAAAAAGAAGAGCAAGAGCAAGCCCAAGACACGUCUUCAGAAGACUCGGAUAGCGAAGAUGACCUUGACCCCAGGUUCAACCGACCCCUCCCAUCUUCUUCCUCUGCCACUACAAAGCCAGUUGAGCAGCCUCCGACUCUGCAGAAGACGACAAAAAUCACGCCACGAAGAUCGUUGAAAGGUCUUCUUCAAGUUCAAAAGGCACAGCAGGCAGCGAGGACACAGCAGCUCCCCAUCCAACCAAAGAAGGCCAGCAAUUCUGUUUCUACGGGUAGAUCUGUCUGGGACGUGGGCUCCUCUAGCGAAGACAGUGGCAGCGACAGUGACGGUGACAUCCUUCCUAACGGAGAGACUAGUAAGCUUCGCCAGCGUUCUCGUCCCUAG